AUACAUUUUCCCACAGUGGUGAAACAUUUAACAGCAAUCACCAGGGAGAGGAAUUGUUUACUGAAGGUGGAAAUCAAAACCAGCAUAUGCCGAACCAGGAGGACCCAGAGCCCCCCCCACACAUUAAAGAGGAGCAGGAGGAACUCUGGAGCAGUCAGGAGGGAGAGCAGCUUCAAGGGCUGGAGGAGGCUGAUAUCACCAAGUCCACAUUCACUCCUGUCCCUGUGAAGAGUGAAGAUGAUGAAGAGAAACCUCAGUCCUCUCAGCUUCAUCAAAGACAAACUGAACACCUGGAAACAGAAGCUGAUGGAGAGGACUGUGGAGGACCAGAACCAGCCAGGAACUCAGAUCCAGAGAGACAUUUACAACCAGAGACUGAUGAUAGUGUUGAUAGUGAUUUUUGGAAGGAGACCAGGGAACACCCGUCAGGUUUAAACAUGUUGAAAAAUAAUGAAAUCACUGACAGCAACUCUGGAAACAAAGCGUUGAGCUUCCCUGGGGCUGAGAGUGACGACAGUGUCGACAGUGAUUUCUGGAAAGACGACAGGAAACCUCAUAAAACAUUCCGGAAACCGUACAGCUGUCCCGACUGUGGGAAAAGGUUUCCCCACAAUGCCAGCCUGAAGAGCCACAUGAAGUUGCAUACGGGCGAGAAAACCUUCGUCUGUUCUGUUUGUGGUGUACGAUGUCUUUACAAAUCCCACCUGAAGAUACACAUGAGAACUCACACCAGAGAGAAACCAUUCCCAUGCCCAGUGUGUGGGAAAACAUAUGCACACAAGGCAAGUAUGCACAUGACCGUCCACACUGUGGAGCAACGGUACAGCUGCAGCAAGUGUCACCGAGGCUUUGCCUGGCAUUCAGAGCUGAAGUACCACCAGUGUGUCGGGGGAUCAUCCCAGGACCACACGGACCAGGGGGAAACCCUAUAG